CUUUGUUUGUGGCAUGCCCAGCUCGCUCCCGUGUGGCCAGAUCGGGAUUUAGCAACUAGCGUCAUAUGCAUGUGGAGGUGGAAGUCUUCGCUUCAUAUGUCUGAACUCUGAAGACCGUGACGGCAUGGUCGACUUGCCCCCACCCAAUGAGCUUGUCGACAUCAUACUAAUUUGACGGUCUUGGUUGUCGCAAUGAUCUCGCCUUGCCCCUCGGCUAAACGGUCGUCAUCUGCAGCUUUUGUUUCACUGUUCUCCUGACUGUUAAACUCUUCCUCUUGUGUUUGUGUUCUCUGACACUGACAAGAAAGAAAGAAAGCCUACUCACAAUGGAUCCUAUUCGAGCGGAAGCUAUUCACAACGAGAGACAUGUCAAGGUGAUCUGCGUGGGUGCAGGUGCCUCUGGGUUGUGUCUGGCAUACAAGCUGCAGAGGUCUUUUCAGAAUUACGAUCUUACUAUCUACGAGAAGAACCCUGAGGUUUCGGGCACCUGGUACGAAAAUCGCUACCCAGGCUGCGCUUGUGAUGUUCCCUCCCACAACUACGUCUACUCGUUUGAACCUAAAGCAGACUGGUCAUCUGUAUACGCGGGCUCCAGCGAGAUCAGAGGGUACUUUAACGAUUUCGCGAACAAGUAUGGCUUACGCAAAUACAUCCACACUUCGCACAUCGUCACCGAAACCACCUGGGCCGAGGAGUCGGGCCAGUGGCAGGUGACGGCGACCGACUUGAAAACGGGCCGCACAGUACAUGACUGGUGUCACAUUCUGAUUCAUGCGACGGGCUAUCUCAAUAAGCCUGCUUGGCCCGAGAUUCCGGGAUUGGGCGAUUUCAAGGGCAUCAAGCUACACAGUGCGAUGUACGAUGAGAGCGUAUCGCUCGAAGGGAAGAACGUUCUGCUGAUCGGGGCGGGUUCAUCAGCUGUUCAGAUUCUCCCUGCCAUUCAACCUAUUGUUAACAAUGUGAAAAUCUUUAUCCGUUCGCCGACGUGGCUGUUGCCGGAUAUUAGCACCGAGGCGGGCAAGUUCCCCGAGGAGCAGAUUGAGCACUUUGUGAACAAUCCAAAGAGCGUGACAGAGCUACGCAGGGAUAAUGAACGGACUAUGAACAGUAUCUUCACCAUGUACCUCAAGGAUACUGUCCUUCAGGAGCAGGCCAAAGGUCUCCUGACAUCGGUGAUGAAGAACGCCUUUCAAAAUCAAGAAAUGGAAGACCGUCUGAUACCGAACUUCUCUGUUGGUUGCAAGCGUGUGGUACCAUCGGGCUUCAGGUAUCUAAAUACUCUCAAAAAAGAGAACGUCGACGUGGUCUACGGUGGUGUGACAUCCGUAACACCAUCUGGGUGCGUCAGCGAAGACGGGAAGGAGCAUCAAGGCGACAUCAUCAUCUGUGCCACCGGGUUUGACACUUCCUACAUACCGCGCUACCCUGUUAUUGGACCCAAUGGUCGCAACCUGCAGACAGAAUGGGCCGAAUCGAUCAUGGGCUACAUGGGAAUAGGUAUUUCCGAGUUCCCCAACACCUUUACCAUGCUUGGCCCCUACACGCCUGUUUCCAAUGGUCCGACCAUGGUCGCGAUUGAAGCUCAAGCAGACUAUAUCUGUUCCUUUAUCGACCGUUACCAAACAGAACCCAUCCAUAGCAUGGCUCUUAAGCGGGAUGUCUGCGCUGAGUUCAAGGAGCAUGUCGGCUCCUUCAUGCAAAAAGCCGUUUGGACGGAUAAUUGCCGCAACUCCCACAACAACCAUACCAUCGGCGGUCGCGUUCCCACGACUUGGCCUGGAAGCACUCUACACUAUCUUGAGGCGAUGAGAGAGCCACGUGCUGAUGACUGGGAUAUUAAGUACAACGGAAAUCGUUUCUCAUGGUUGGGCAUUGGCGUUUCCCAGACAGAGUGGGAUCCCACUGCUGAUCUGGGGUACUAUAUCCGACAAUCGGAUGAUGGACCCUGGCACAGCCGGCGCAAGCGGAAUUUGGCCAUUGCUAAAACAGGCAGCAUGGCUCCGCGUGCUCUUCAUAGACAGCCAAAGCUCGCUGCCAAGGAGAAAGCCCAAGGCACUAAAGCUGAUGUGCCGGACCAGAUGCCGAAAGCACGGACGGAGCCAGUGUCUGAAACGACAGCGUGAUGUGGAACUGUAUAAGAAUAAGGGUCUAUGGAGAUCAAUCAAUCCUCCACUCCUUUCCCUGCACUUGGGAACCAAGAGCUUGUCUUGCAUUGACAUGCUGCCGCCAUCUGAGUUUUGACUGGCCGAGUAAUAUGCCUUACAUCCUCGUCAAAUACUCGGAGGUUCACGACUUGGCACACGAGGUCACGACUAAGUAGUAUACUUAUAUGGUGCACACCCAUGAGGGUCUUAUCCCGAUUGUAAUCCACGGUCUUGGGAUCCAGGACCAACAGGAAGACCUGGCUUCGACCAUGCCGAGGCCAUCCCGAAUUUAUAUUCCAAUCACGGAGAUUGAACGCAUCUCAUGCCGACUAUCUUAGAGCCUCUUCAUGAACUUUAUAAAGAUACAGAUGCUAGGCGAAAUUUGAAUUUACAUCUAAGCUAUACUCGGCAAUUCCACCGCAUUAAUAGGAAAUACUAUAUGACUG